GGCUGUGUGCGGAGCAGGCACUGGACUGCUGGGCUCCGUCUCUGCUGCACACAGCAGCUCUCUGCCGCAGGAGGGGAAUAGAUGAGGUGUCUUUGCAGAGCAGAACACCCACGCAAGGAGCAGGGACGAGGAUGAGCUGCAGAAACUAGGUGUUUCGACUUCCUGGACCAGUGAGCGGAGUAAACUUGACAAGUCAGGCUCCCCCGCCCAGCCACCUCUGAACAUCUGGGCACAUCUGGGUCUGGAGCUCCUUGCUGCUGCUUCCCGCCUGCAUUUACCACGAUGGAAUUUAAUGGCUGUUUCUCUUCUUGCAACCGCCUGCAAGAUGACAACGACCUGAAGUUCCUCCUGAAGGGCAGCCUGCUGCUGAAAGUGAAGUCGAGCUCUUGGAGAAAGGAAAGGUUUUACAAGCUCCAGGAAGACUGCAAAACCAUCUGGCAGGAAUCCAGGAAGAUGCUGAGGUCUCCAGAGUCCCAGCUCUUCUCCAUUGAAGAUAUUCGGGAUGUGAGGCCCGGUCACAAAACAGAGGGGAUGGAAAAGUAUGCCCAGGAUGUCCCGGAGAAUCGCUGUUUCUCUAUCAUCUUCAAAGACCAGCGGAAAAACCUGGACCUCAUCGCCAGUUCAGAAAGCGACGCCAACCACUGGACCGCCGGCCUGAAGAAAAUCAUAACCCACAGCAGCUCCAUGAACCAGAAGCAGAAACUCCAGCACUGGAUCCACACCUGCUUGCGGAAAGCUGAUAAGAACAAAGACAACAAGAUGAGCUUUAAAGAGCUCAAGAACUUCAUGAAGGAAGUCAACAUCCAAGUCGAUGACAGCUACGCCAAGGAGAUCUUUCAGCAGUGUGACAAGUCUAAUACAGAAGCCUUGGAAGAUGACGAGAUAGAGUCAUUUUACAAGAUCUUGACUGAGAGGAAGGAGAUUGAUAGGAUUUUCUCAAAGUACACCAGUGAGAAAGAGCCCAUGUCUUGUGACCGCCUGGUGCAGUUUCUCCAAGAAGAGCAGCAGAAAGAAGACGCUGGCCCUGAGACUGCACUGUCCUUGAUUGAGAGAUAUGAGCCCAGUGAAGCAGCCAAGAAGCAAAUGACAAUGACCAAAGACGGUUUUCUGAUGUACCUACUGUCUUCUGAUGGGGACAUAUUCAACUCCAGUCAUGGUAAAGUCUACCAGGACAUGACCCACCCACUGAAUCACUACUUGGUGUCAUCUUCACACAACACCUAUCUAAUGGAGGACCAGCUGAGAGGGCCAAGCAGCACAGAGGCCUAUAUCAGAGCCCUGACCAAAGGUUGCCGCUGUGUGGAGUUGGAUUGCUGGGAUGGCCCCAACUCUGAGCCUAUAAUUUAUCAUGGCUACACAUUCACCUCCAAGAUCCUCUUCAGCGAUGUCAUAAAGGCCAUCAAGAACUAUGCUUUCAAAACCUCACCAUAUCCAGUGAUCAUUUCCUUGGAGAAUCACUGUAGCCUGGAGCAGCAGAAGAAGAUGGCUGAGCACAUGAAGGACAUCCUACAAGACAUGCUGCUGAUGGCACCAGUAGAUGGAAACAUAUCUAAUUUCCCCUCGCCAGAGCAAUUAAAGGGGAAGAUCCUGGUGAAAGGGAAGAAGCUGAACAGGCUGGAGGACACUGCAGGGGCCAAUGGGAAUAAUAACCACGUGGAGGCUGAGUAUGUCUCUGAUGAGGACGAAGCAGCCGAGAUUGAAGAUGAAGUUGUGAAGAAAGAAAUAGAGCAAACCGAGAAGAGUGACAAGCUAACGCUGGCCAAGGAGCUGUCUGACACAGUCAUCUACUGCAGGAGCGUUCACUUCACCGGAUUUGAGGAGAGCCGCCAGUCCCAAGCUUUCUAUGAGAUGUCAUCCUUCGUUGAAAGCAAAGGCUUGAGAUUAGCACAGGAGUCAGGAACUGAUUUUAUUCAUCACAACGUCAAGUAUCUGAGCCGGAUCUAUCCUGCUGGCUGGAGGACGGAUUCUUCCAACUACAACCCAGUUGACUUCUGGAACGUGGGCUGUCAGAUCGUUGCCUUGAAUUUCCAGACCCCAGGCAACGAAAUGGACCUCUACCAGGGCAGAUUCCAGGACAAUGGCUUUUCGGGGUACAUCCUAAAGCCAGAAUUCCUUCGGGACGUGGACACCACAUUCAAUCCAAAAUCGAUUGUGGAAGGAACAUGGUGGACACAGAAGAAACUGGUGGUUAAAAUCAUCUCUGGCCAGCAGCUGCCCAAGGUGAACAAGGGCAAGAACUCCAUUGUGGAUCCCAGGGUCACGGUCGAGAUCUACGGGGUUCAGCAGGACAGCGACAAGAAGCAAACCAGGGUCAUUGAAAACAACGGGUUUAACCCCACGUGGGAUGAAGAGUUCGAGUUCAACAUUGACGUCCCUGCGCUCGCACUGGUCCGUUUUAUGGUGGAAGACUUUGAUGUGUCAACCAAAAAUGACUUUAUUGGGCAGUAUACCCUGCCCUUCACCAGCCUACAGCAAGGCUACCGCCACAUCCAUCUCUUGAACAGAAACGGGGACCCACACCCAUCUGCCACGCUGUUUGUGCACAUUAGGAUUCAGGACAAUUAUUAAAUGCAGCCAAGGAGCCCAGCUUUCAAAUGCUAAUGGAUGCUGCUGUAGCUCCAAAAUGAACCCAAGGUGCCCUUUCUUCUGCUCUGGGAACUCAUCAGUGCCUUCCCUGGGACGAAGCAGUGCUUUAUAAAGCCCCUAAGGCUGUUGUGAAUACUUUGUAUUAUGUUUGUAAGCUCCAGUCCCAAUGAUGAAAAUAGCCUGACAUUUCUGUUCUGAUUUUUUUUCCAAUGAUAAUUUGGUAACUAUUUGAUAAAUCAAAUUUUAGUUGUAAUGAACCUUAAUUCCUUUGAUUUUUAGCUCUGUUUCUAAAGAGAGGUAUGGGAUUUUUAAUAGCAUUUCAAAUCUAAGAAGAGACAAGGAUAAUGAGCUGUGUUUCAUCUGGUGUGACCCUUGUAGCCUUGAUAUUGAAAAGCUCUACAGCCAAAAUAAACUGGACGAAUACUGUAUCUUCUUACAUACAGUGUAUUCUAGAAUAUAAUGUGCAUGUUGUUUUUGAAAGGCAGCAUGAAGAAAGAAAGAUAUUUUUGCAUUAAUGGCUGCAUAAUGCAGGGACGGAACCUGAUCUCCAGCUGACUUGCUCCCUUUCCUGCUUAACUAAAGCUGAAACCCUAGCUGCUGCUGAAGCAUUGCUCCAUUGGUGGAUCUUCAAUUUGGAAAAGAGCUAAAGAGUGUCCAGGGCUCUGAAACAGGAGGAGAGAGACCAGGAGAAGGCAAUGGACUUUGAAAGGCCAGCUUGAUUAGUGGAACAUCAAGACCAUUCAAAAUGGAGAGACCAUCAUUAGCACCUGUGGAGUGAUGAACAAUGAGCCAUUAAGUCACUUGACUCCCUCAGCUGCCUGACUGCUAAUGCCACGGUGGCUGCACUGUGGAGCAGAAAUAAAAGCGUGGAGCUUCCAUCCUGGGCAGAAAAUUAGCUUCCUUACUUAAUACAUACACACUAAUUUGGUGGGAGGCAGGGGGUUGAUUUUGGGAAAGGUGCAUCUGAUUAGCCUGCUCCAAAAGCCCUUGAAAUCAAUAGAAAGACACCUACUGAUGUCAAGGGUUUCCAGUCAGGACUGUUACUACUCCCUUUUAAAUCCUAAAUUGAGGCACGGUUCUUUUCUUCUAUUUACUACAGUAAAAAGUUACACUACAAAGAUCUGACACUAAACUGACUUCCAGUUUGUAAUAUAAUGAAAAAAAAAAAUACAUGAACACUAUUUUGCUGGUACUCUGUAGCUCUCCAGUGAAUUAAUUUGUAUUCAGCAUGAACAGCACUGAGCCAAGCACUUCAAAGGAAAAAAAGAAAUGCUAAAUGGGAGAAUAUUUUUUAAUCUAAAGAUUUUUAAAAGACCCAAAGAAUGAAUUGUGAAAAAAAAAGGCAAUGGAAAAGUAUUACACUGAAAGCAGCUUUUGGAUCUAAAAAAACCCAAAACAUUAUGUUUGGAUUUUAUAGAAAACAGUCUUUUUUAAUAAGGUGAUGCUGAGAACAGGGCGGUCGAACAAAUCGUGUUAAAUGUUAGUCUGGUUAUAAUUGCACUGUAUGGGAGUUAUAACACAAUAAAAAUAGGUGCCGUCUCUCUGGAAUGGAUACAGUAUUUAUGUUGUAAGCCCCCCCCCAACACAGCUUCAAAGUUAAAUAAUGUUGAAAUAAAAUAAUAUAUUUUUAAAAUGUCCUUAACUGUUACUGAACAAACUUUAAACUAUUAAAGAUGGAAAAAAUUGAAGCAAAAAA